AUGAUCGCCCGCACUGCCUCUUCUUCCCUGGGCCGCCUCGCGCUGGCCUCGACGUCGUCAACGGCGGCGUCGUCUGGCGCCGCCUCUUCCUCCUCGUCGGCCUCGAGGCUGGCGGCGGCGGCGGCCGGCGUGCGCGCCUUUACCGCCCGCUCCCACUCGGUGCCGCAGCACCUCUCGUCGAUCCUGCCCAACAACGUCGACACGUCGUCCGAAGACUUCGCCUCCAACAAGGCCAGCAUGGACUCGCUCGUCGAGCAGCUCGACGCCAAGCACGCAAAGAUCUCGCUCGGCGGCUCGGAAAAGGCGCGCGCCCGCCAUCUCUCGCGAGGAAAGAUGCUGCCCCGCGAUCGCGUUGCCGCCCUCCUCGACCACGGCUCGCCCUUCCUCGAGAUCUCGCCCCUGGCCGCCUACGAAAUGUACGGCAGCGACGAGGUGCCCGCCGCCGGCGUCAUUGCCGGCAUCGGCAACGUCUCGGGCACCCAGUGCAUGGUGGUGGCCAACGAUCCCACCGUAAAGGGCGGCAGCUACUACCCCAUCAGCGUCAAGAAGCACCUGCGCGCCCAGGCCAUUGCCAAGGAGAACCGCCUGCCCUGCGUCUACCUCAACGAGAGCGGCGGCGCCGCGCUGCCCCACCAGGCCGACGUCUUCCCCGACGAGAACCACUUUGGCCGCAUCUUUUACAACAUGGCCCAGAUGUCGGCGCUCGGCAUCCCGCAGAUCUCGGUCGUGCACGGCAUCAGCGUCGCCGGCGGCGCCUACGUGCCCGCCAUGGCCGACGAGACCAUCAUCGUGCGCAACCAGGGCACCAUCUUCCUCGCCGGCCCGCCGCUCGUCAAGGCGGCGCUGGGCGAGGUCGUCGACGACGAGACGCUCGGCGGCGGAGAGAUGCACUCGACCGAGUCCGGCGUCACCGACCACCUGGCCGUCGACGACGCCCACGCCAUUGUGCUGGCGCGCGAGGCGGUGGCCAACCUGGGCCUGUGCGGCCGCAGCCCGGCCUCGGUCGAGCACCCGGUCGAGGCGCCCCUCUACGACGCCGCCGAGCUGCACGGCAUCGUUCCCUCGAACCUGCGCAAGCCGUUCGACAUGCGCGACGUCAUCUCGCGCAUCGUCGACGGCUCGCGCUUCCACGAGUUCAAGAAGCUCUACGGCAAGACGAUUGUGACGGGCUUUGCGCGCAUCGCCGGCCAGGACGUCGGCAUCAUUGGCAACAACGGCAUCCUGUUUGGCGAGAGCGCCAAGAAGGCGACGUCGUUUAUCCAGCUGUGCAACCAGCGCCAGAUCCCGCUCGUGUUCCUGGUCAACGUGACGGGCUACAUGGUGGGCACCAAGGCCGAGCGGAGCGGCAUCGCCAAGGACGGCGCCAAGAUGGUGCGGGCGGUGGCGUGCGCCGACGUGCCCAAGCUGACGGUCAUCGUCGGCGGCUCGUUUGGGGCGGGCAACUACGGCAUGUGCGGGCGGGCCUACAGCCCUCGGUUCCUGUGGAUGUGGCCCAACGCGCGCGUGGGCGUCAUGGGGGGCGAGCAGCUGAGCCAGGUCAUGACGACGGUGAGCAGCGACAAGAGCAAGCAGGAGGGGCUGCGCGACAAAAUUGAGCACCAGAGCCUGCCCGAGUACGCCAGCGCGCGGCUGUGGGACGACGGCGUGAUCCGCCCACAGGACACGCGCAACGUCCUCGCCCUCGGCCUGGGCGUGGCCAACGCCGGGCGGUGGAGGAGCAAGCAGCGCGGCGAGGACCACCCGGCCUGGGACGGCAACCACCGCGGCGACGGCGUGUACCGCAUGUGA